AUGUCGGCGACCGGGUUUCAACGAGAGCCCGAAAAAGGGCAUUUAAAACAGCGAAUUGAAGCUGAUACAGGCCGUAAUGUAACUCCGGACUUGGCGGAAGAAAACGAGUCCAAAAUCGUGGAAUCGCCAGAUGACGCGCCGCUAAGGGAACUGGAACGUGUGGUGAUGCCAGUGGUGUUCACGUUGCUCGGUUUCGCUACCAGGAUGUACAAGAUCGGUGCCAAUGACCAUGUUGUUUGGGACGAGGCCCAUUUUGGCAAGUUCGGGUCCUAUUAUCUAAGACACGAGUUCUACCACGAUGUGCACCCACCGCUCGGAAAAAUGCUUGUGGGGUUCUCGGGGUUUCUCGCCGGCUACAAUGGAUCCUGGGACUUCCCUUCUGGUGAACAAUUCCCGGAGUACUUGGACUACGUGAAAAUGCGUAUUUUUAAUGCGACUUUCUCGGCCCUGUGUGUCCCAGUUGCUUACUACACUGCCAAGGAAAUUGGAUUUUCAUUGCCCACCGUGUGGCUCUUCACAGUUCUGGUCAUUUUUGAGAAUUCGUACGCUACGCUGGGCAGAUUCAUUCUCUUGGACUCGAUGCUGCUAUUUUUCACAGUCACGUCCGUGUACUGUUUCGUGAAGUUCCACAACCAGAGAUCUAAACCUUUCGGUAGAAAGUGGUGGAAGUGGCUCGCUAUGACGGGUCUUUCGCUAGGAUGUGCCAUUUCCGUUAAGAUGGUGGGUCUCUUUGUUAUCACCCUGGUUGGUAUCUACACCGUGGUCGAUCUAUGGAAUAUGCUGGGCGACAAAAAAGUGACCAAAAAAAAUUAUGUGGGUCACUGGCUAGCCCGUAUCUUCUGUCUGAUUGUGGUUCCCUUCUUGGUGUUUUUGGCUUGCUUCAAAGUCCACUUCGACUUGUUGUCUCACAGCGGUACUGGCGACGCCAACAUGCCCUCUUUAUUCCAGGCGGGACUAAUAGGUAGCGACGUUGGCGAGGGUCCUCGUGACGUUGCACUUGGAUCCUCUUCCGUUAGUAUCAAGAACCAGGCACUAGGUGGCGCGCUACUGCACUCCCAUGUUCAAGGGUACCCUGAGGGCUCAAACCAGCAACAGGUUACUUGUUAUGGUCACAAGGACAGCAACAACAAUUGGAUUUUCGAUAGAGUUCGCCCUCUUCCAGCGUGGAACAAUGAAGAGACGGACGUCGAAUUCAUCGAACCCGGCGUUUCGUACAGACUUGUCCAUCCAAAUACUGGAAAGAAUUUGCACACUCACGAAAUUGCGGCACCUUUGACCAAGUCCGCCUGGGAAGUUUCUGGGUAUGGUACAGCGGAAAUGGGCGAUCCCAAAGAUCAUUGGGUCUUGGAAGUGGUGGCUCAGCACGGUUCAGAAAACUCGUCGCGUUUGCAUCCCUUGACUACCGCUUUCCGUUUAAGAAAUGCUGAACUAGGCUGUUAUUUGGCCCAGACUGGCAACUCUUUACCAGAGUGGGGAUUCAGACAAAGUGAGGUUGCUUGCUUGAAGAAUCCCUUCAAAAGAGACAAGAGAACGUGGUGGAACAUCGAGACACACACCAAUGAUAAACUUCCAGAGAGACCGGCAGACUUCAAGUACCCCAAACUCAACUUUUUCAAGAACUUUGUUCAUUUAAAUCUAGCUAUGAUGGCCACCAAUAAUGCUUUGGUACCAGACCCAGACAAGUUCGACAAUUUGGCUUCUUCGGCUUGGCAGUGGCCCACGCUGAAUGUUGGUAUUAGGUUAUGCGGCUGGGGUGAUGACACAGUCAAAUAUUUUCUCAUGGGAUCUCCUGCCUCUACGUGGCCCUCGACAAUUGCUGUCUUUGCCUUCAUGGCUUUGAUCGUUAUAUUACUACUCAGAUGGCAAAGACAGUACACAGACUUCAAAAGCUCUCACGAUCUUAACUUGUUUAUGAUGGGUGGGUUCUAUCCACUUUUGGGAUGGGGUCUGCACUACGCGCCUUUCGUCAUUAUGAGCAGAGUGACUUAUGUUCACCAUUAUCUGCCCGCCCUCUACUUCGCAUUAUUGAUUUUAUGCUAUCUUUUUGAAGCUGGAUGUAACAUUUUGGGUAGAACGAAAGCUGGAAAUCUAUCGAGAUCAUUGAUUUACUGUUUCUACAGUGCUCUGGUGAUCUACGGAUUCUGCUACUUUGCGCCUAUUUCCUUUGGUAUGAAUGGGCCCUCGGGCGACUACUCUUACAUGAACUGGUUCCAAUCCUGGACAAUCGCCUAG